AAUACAUUUCUGGCCGUUUUGUCAAACAGAAUUUCAAACUUUUACUCUCUCGAAAUUUCAUCUUUCAGAAAUUUUGAAACGAUUAAUGAAAGUAUUUUUCAUCUUAAACGAAGAAACUUUUUAAUUACGUGUGUGACUCAAAUCAAUUUAAAAAAAUCUUUUUUGUGAAAUCAAAUAUUGUGAUUUAAUUAAAGAAAAAUGGUCGUCGCUGUAAAAGUCUUCAAGAAAACUACUCCAAAUGGAAAGAUUACGGUUUAUUUGGGAAAGCGUGACUUUAUUGAUCACGGAGAUUAUUGUGAUCCCGUCGAUGGUGUUGUCGUCAUAGAUGAAGAGUACAUGAGAGGUCGUAAAGUUUACGGUCAACUUGUUACUGUUUAUCGUUAUGGACGAGAAGAAGAUGAAGUGAUGGGAGUUAAAUUCAGCAAGGAACUCGUUCUUGCCACUGAACAAAUCUUUCCAAUGGUUAACGCUAAGAUGGAAAUGACACCAAUGCAAGAACGUUUGAUCAAAAAGCUUGGAACAAACGCUUUUCCAUUAACUUUCCAAUUUCCUCAAUCAUCGCCUUCGUCUGUUACAUUACAAGCUGGUGAAGACGAUCAAGGAAAGCCAUUGGGAGUUGAAUACUACAUCAAAUGCUUCGUUGGUGACAGUGAAGAAGAUAAAUCUCAUAAGCGUAGCUCUGUCAGUUUGACCAUCAAGAAACUUCAAUAUGCUCCACCGCAAAGAGGUCGACGAUUGCCUUCAUCACUUGUCAGCAAAGGCUUCACGUUCUCGCAAGGGAAAAUUAAUCUCGAAGUGACUUUAGAUCGCGAGAUUUAUUAUCAUGGAGAGAAGAUUUCGGCUAACAUUGUGGUCACCAAUAACUCACGUAAAACAGUGAAGAGCAUCAAAUGCUUUGUUGUUCAACAUUGUGAAGUUACAAUGGUCAACUCUCAGUUCAGUAAACAUGUCGCAAGCAUGGAAACCAGAGAAGGUUGUCCAAUAACACCUGGGGCCAGUUUCUCGAAAUCUUUCUAUUUGGUGCCCGUGGCAAGCUCCAAUAAAGAUCGCAGAGGAAUUGCGCUUGACGGUCACUUAAAGGAAGAAGAUGCGAAUCUUGCAUCGUCAACUUUGGGUAGCGAAGGAAAGACGAGUUCUGAGGCGAUGGGUAUCGUCAUUUCUUAUUCAUUGAGAGUGAAACUUAAUUGUGGAACACUUGGCGGUGAAUUACAAACCGAUGUACCAUUCAAAUUGAUGAACCCUGCUCCAGGUACUGUUGAACGCGAACGUGUUAAUGCGAUGAAGAAAAUGAAGUCGAUUGAACGUCAUCGAUAUGAGAACAGUCAUUAUGCUGAUGAUGACGACAAUAUUGUGUUUGAAGACUUUGCAAGAUUACGAAUGAAUGAACCAGAAUAAUCUGGGACAAUCAUCAACAAGCUUUCUUUCGUUUAUACUUUCCGUUUCAUCCCUUUUAAGUUCAACAAAUUUCUUUUUUAAUUUUAUGAAUUAUUAUGCAACCAUCAAUUCGACACUUUAAGUUGUUUACUCGACAUUUUUAAUUGCCAUUGAAAUGUUUAUUGCGCAGUAAAAUUCUCAAAGAAGCUUUUCGAAAUGUUAACUAAACGAUAUUUACGUCAGAAAUGACUUCGACAUAACGAAGCACCAGAAAUGAUUUCAAGCAAUUAUGAAACGAAAUAAGUUCUGAUGCAAGGACAUGUAACUUAUGUAAUUGUUUUUAUUUUUGCUUAAAACCAUGAAAAUAUCAAUUCAAACUCCAGCAACGAAAUAAAUAAAAAAGAGAAGAAAUUUCUUCUAAAGUUUUCCCAUAAAACUUCACUUUAGAUAGAAAUUUUCUCGAAAAAUUUGUAAAAAAAAUUAACAAAAAUUAUAUGAAAAAAAUUCCUUAAAAUUUCAAUAAAUUUUUUCUUUUGAUUUCCAUCCCACAAAUUCAGGAUUCAAAUGAAAAGAAAUCAUUUAACAACAA